CGUCAUUCCUCAAACUGAAAGGAUACAGCCCAACCCAACAGAGAUUAAUGUCAUUGCACUUGCAUGUCGUAUAUUUAGUAAAUUCUCCAGAUUGGAAACGAUUAAAUAAAUAUAAACGUUAAAAUGCCCUUGUUUGAAGGGUUGGGGAGUGGAGGGGAGAAAACUGCAGUAGUCAUUGAUUUAGGAGCAGCCUACACAAAAUGUGGCUUUGCUGGAGAGACGGGCCCCAGGUUCAUCAUUCCCAGCGAGAUCCAGAAGCCUGGACAACAACAGUCUAUCAAAGUAGUUCAGUACAACAUCAACACAGAGGAGCUCUACUCCAACCUCAAGGAGUUCAUCCACAUGCUCUACUUCAGGCAUCUGCUGGUGAACCCUCGUGACCGGAGAGUGGUGAUCAUCGAGUCAAUCCUCUGCCCCUCCCACUUCAGAGAAACUCUCACCAAGGUCUUCUUCAAACAGUUUGAGGUGCCCUCGGUGCUGUUUGCCCCCAGCCACCUCAUGGCCAUAAUGUCUCUGGGCAUCAACUCAGGCCUGGUGAUGGACUGUGGCUACACGGAGACACUGGUGCUGCCUGUGUAUGAGUGCAUCCCCAUCCUGCCAGCCUGGGAAGCUCUGCCUUUGGGUGGAAAGGCCAUUCAUAAGGAGUUGGAUGGGCUCCUGGUGGAACAGUGUACAGUAGACUCAGACUCCAGUACUGGACAGAGUCUGCCUACAGUCAUUGGCUCCAUCCCAGAGGAGGUUGUAGAGGAUAUCAAGGUCAGGACCUGUUUCAUCAGUGACCUACAGAGAGGCCUGAAGAUCCAGGAGGCCAAGUUUAACCUGGGCGGCACGGCUGAGCGUCCAACACCACCCCCUGAUGUUGAUUACCCAUUGGAUGGGGAGAAGAUUCUGCAUAUUAAGGGACCAAUCAGGGACUCUGUGAUGGAGAUGCUGUUUGAGCAGGACAACGAGGAGAAGAGUGUGGCCUCUCUGGUGCUUGACGCUCUGGUCAAGUGUCCCAUCGACACUCGUAAGGCUCUGUCUGAGAACCUGGUGAUCAUCGGGGGCACGGCCAUGCUGCCUGGCUUCCUGCACCGGCUCCUGGCUGAGAUACGCCUCCUGGUGGAGAAACCCAAGUACCGCGACGCCCUGGCCACCAAGAGCUUCAGGCUGCACAGUCCUCCAGCCAAACCCAACUGCACCGCAUGGCUUGGAGGAGCAAUDUUUGGAGCACUGCAGGACAUCCUGGGUAGCCGCUCCGUGUCCCGUGACUACUAUAACCAGACAGGCCGUAUCCCUGACUGGUGCUGUCUCAGCUCCCCACCCCCAGAAUCAGUAUAUGAUGCAGGGAAGACCCCACCACCGCUCAUGAAGAGAGCCUUCUCCACUGAGAAAUAAACCACCAGAUCAGACAGUGUCUACUUCUAGUCUGCAUCUGCUAUCUAUGUCAUCCUGUACCCUAAAUAGUACACUACUUUGGGCCCUGGUCCUGGGCAAAAUGGUGCCAUUUCGGACGUAGUCCACACUAGACACGACAAACUCAUCCCAGACAUAAAAAGUUAGACCUACCAGAUGUUAUAGGUACGUCUCAAUAGUCUAUCGUGGCUUCCUCUAAUGCUCCCGAGUGGCGCAGCGGUCUAAGACACUGCAUCUCAGUGCUAGAGGAGUCACUACAGACCCUGGAUCGAUUC